AUUUUUAUCGGCGGUGCUGGACUAGGUCUAGAAGCGGAAGUGCUUGUCUGGGCCAGUUCUUGUAACGGUCUUCUCAGCAGCGAGCAGAAAAAUCUGUUCUCGAGAAAGACCCCGUGACCUGCACAAAGGGUCCACGCGCAUCCCCGAGACCCCUCUUUAGAUGAGCCCCGCCUCUCCCUCUGCCCCUCUGCCCCUCUUCCCCGGGCUGAAGCCUGGAUUAGGGGCGUCCUGUGAAUGUUCCAGCUGAAGUCAAUCCGAUCCUGGGCCAGACGGCCCCAGUGAGCUCAGCCUUCACACAUCUCUGACUUCUCCCAAGAAGAGCAGGAAAUGGCGAAACCCCAGGAAACAACUCAGGAGCGAUCAAAUGGAAGAGAUGUAUAGAGCGAAGUCUACGGCAGGGACAGAGCUUCCAUGUCUUCUCAAGGAUAAAAGAAAUGUACUAUUACCGGGACUUGUGACAUUUGAGGACGUGGCUGUGGAUUUCUCCCAGGAGGAGUGGCAGUACCUGAACCCUCAACAGAGGACUCUGUACAGAGAUGUGAUGCUGGAGGCCUACAGCAACCUGGUCUCCGUGGGGCAACAGGUCACCAAACCAGACCUCAUCCUCAGGUUGGAAGCAGAAGAGCUGUACCCAGAAGGAAAAAUCCCAAUUUGGAACUUUCUGGAAGAAGUUGGCCACGUUGAUGAAGAGAUCAAGAGGCAGCAGCAGGAUUACCAAGAUAACUGUGUGUUGAUGCCAUUUGGAUUCCUUGACAAGAAAACAGGCACUACCAAGAGCAGUCAUGGCUAUAAUGAAUUUGGUGAUACACUUCAUCUGAACUCCAGCCUUGUCACUUCAAUACAAAGACCCCAUAAGUAUGAAUUGUUUGGAAGUAAUAUGGUAGAUAAUUUGGACUUAUUUAGAAGCUCUACAGAAAAGAAACAUGGUAGUGGAUGUGCAAAAUUAUUCUUCCAUACUGAGUAUGAGAAAACAAAUCCUGGAGUGAAACCCUAUGGCUAUAAAGAGUGUGGUAAAACCCUCAGGCGAAAGAAAGGGCUUAGUCUGCAUCAGAGAAUUAAAAAUGGAGAGAAACCCUUUGAAUGUACCGCCUGUAGGAAGACCUUCAGCAAGAAGUCCCACCUCAUCGUACAUUGGAGAACUCACACCGGAGAGAAACCUUUUGGCUGUACUGAAUGUGGAAAAGCCUUUAGCCAAAAGUCUCAGCUUAUCAUUCACCUCAGGACGCACACAGGAGAGAGACCCUUUGAGUGUCCCGAGUGUGGGAAAGCCUUCCGAGAAAAGUCCACCGUCAUCAUCCAUUACAGGACUCACACAGGAGAGAAGCCUUACGAGUGCAACGAGUGUGGCAAAGCCUUCACUCAGAGGUCAAACCUCAUUGUCCAUCAGAAGACCCACACAGGGGAGAAGACCUAUGAGUGCACCAAGUGCGGGGAAUCCUUCCUACAGAAGCUCGAUCUGAUCAUACAUCAUAGUACUCAUACGGGAAAGAAACCCCAUGAGUGUAAUGAGUGCAAGAAAACCUUCAGUGAUAAGUCAACCCUUAUCAUACAUCAAAGAACUCACACAGGAGAGAAACCCCAUAAGUGUACUGAAUGUGGGAAGUCUUUCAAUGAGAAGUCAACCCUCAUCGUUCAUCAGAGGACGCAUACAGGAGAGAAGCCCUAUGAAUGUGAUGUGUGUGGGAAAACCUUCACCCAAAAGUCAAACCUUGGUGUGCAUCAGAGAACUCAUUCAGGAGAGAAACCCUUCGAAUGCAAUGAAUGUGAGAAAGCCUUCUCUCAGAAAUCCUAUCUCAUGUUACAUCAGCGGGGUCACACAGGAGAGAAACCCUAUGAGUGCAAUGAAUGUGAAAAAGCCUUUUCCCAGAAGUCCUAUCUCAUCAUACAUCAAAGAACGCAUACAGAAGAGAAGCCCUAUAAAUGCAACGAAUGUGGCAAAGCCUUCAGAGAAAAGUCCAAGCUCAUUAUACAUCAGAGAAUUCACACAGGAGAGAAACCCUAUGAAUGUCCUGUGUGUUGGAAGGCUUUUAGCCAGAAGUCACAACUUAUAAUACAUCAGCGAACGCACACAGGAGAGAAACCUUACGCAUGCACCGAGUGCGGGAAAGCCUUCAGAGAAAAAUCGACAUUCACUGUACACCAAAGAACUCAUACUGGAGAGAAACCCUAUAAGUGUACAGAAUGUGGGAAAGCCUUUACCCAAAAAUCAAACCUCAUUGUACAUCAGAGAACCCACACAGGGAAAAAGGCCCAUGGGAGAAGCCACAGCCGGAAGCCAAAGCUUAUUGGGCAUUAGACUAAAUCAACACACACUGAAGGAAAGUAGUGUCAAAUUCGAUAUUUACAAGUAUGUUCUUUUUGAUGGUUUAAAUGUGGGGAGUAAGUUCACCCAAAAACUCAGAAGUGUUAACAAAAUGAGGAGAGGGCUUCCAGGGGCAGAGGAGACCCAGCAUCAGUGCAGGAAAUUUCAGAGAGAGAAGGUACCCAAGGCUGCAGAUGUGGGUAGACUCUCAGCUGGGGUUCAGGAUGCACUGGGGGGUGCAGAACCACAUAUGAAUACAACAGUGAACAGUGCAUUGGGCAGGUAGGAUGUUUCCGAGAGCCUUUAGGGGCUGAGGAGAAAGAGGCAGGGCCUCGACAAGGAAUCACCCUGCCAAGCCAUAUUUGCAGAAAGUAGUCUAUGUUAUGGGAGGAACUAGGAAAAGAGAAGACUUUUCUUUGAAUAACGCUCCAGCCACUCUUAUUCACCAACUCAGGAAGCCUGAAAUAAUUGUGUAGGGAUACAGGGUUUCCUGGUUGUUAGAAAAUACAGCCCUGAAAAGUCCAGGAAAAACUCUUCUCAGAAGAUUCAAAAGUUGAAUACCACAGGUACACUUCUAGGGGUGUAAUUACAUGUACAAAACGAUUAACACACAGAGGUAUUCACUGAUGCAAACAAAAGAUUGGAAGCAGUCCAAAUGCCACCACGAGGGUUUUGGUCCCCCAGAUUGUAGUACGUUCAUAUGGCGAACUCCUAGGUAGACAAAAAUGAAUAAGGAGAACUUGGAUACCAUUUAUAGAGUGAUGUUGGAUAAUCGCCAUGUUCUGUUAUUAGGUAGGAGGAGCAAGGUGCAGGAUAGUGAGUGUAACAUGCUACCAUUUGUAUAUAAAAAAGGGAAAUGGCUAAGUUCAUAAUUGAGUGUAUAUGCAUUAAAUAUCACUGGAAAGACACACAAGAAUCUGGUAACCGAUUACCUGGGGAAGUGGCAAUGGGUAGCUGGGGGGAUGGACUUGGGAGGGAGACAACUGUGUGUCAUUUCAUAGCUUUGGAACAUUAUACUGUAUGGAUGU